AUGGCAGAGGCUUCAGAAGCAUGGCACGCAGUCAAACCAACUGGUCUUGCUGUAGCACUUCUCGCAAUCACCACCGUAUUCACGCCGAUGAUUCUUGUUGUUGUCGGCUUGAGAAUUUGGGUUAGAGUGACGCAUCACUGCUUCGGACUAGAGGAUUGGCUCAUGUGCAUUGGCGCGACCCUCAACUUGGUUCACAAUGGAGUUGUCAUCUGGGGCAGUUUAACCGGCAUUGGCACAGCAGAUUCCAAGCUCAAUACGGCCAUGGUUAUGGAAGCCUUUAAGGCCGUGACCUUUUGGCAGAUCUUCUACAUUAGCAGCUCCAUGUUCAUCAAGAUAUCCAUCUGCGCUCAGCUACUGCGCGUUACAGAUAAUAAGAGGAUCAAGAUGUUUCUCUGGGGCUUGAUAGGAUUAACAGUUCUCAUUACACUGGUAGCAGGAAUUAUCGGACUAGUCAGGUGCAGACCGCUCAGUGCGUCGUGGGACCCAAGCACAGGAACAUGUAUGGAUCAGGGUAUACUCUCAGUACUGACAUACGUUGUAUCGGGCAUCAAUAUUGUGGUCGAUUGGUCUGUUGCAAUAUUACCAGUGAUCAUUUUGUGGAAUGUUCAGAUGCACAGGACUCUGAAGAUUAUGGCGAACGUUGUUAUGGGCAUUGGCGCUUUGGCAUCAGUGGCAACUAUUGUUCGACUUCCAUACUCACCUGCAUAUUCUCAGCCUUCUAAUCAACUCCACGGCAUUGGAAAUAUCAUUCUCUGGACAGUAGUCGAAUGCAGCCUCGGCAUCAUCGCCGGAUCAAUGCCCAUGCUUCGGAAGCUCUUCAAGGCACUACGAAGAGACGAUAGCUCAUACGCCAGAGGGACAGACGAUAUCAAUCUCGUCACUAUUGGCCAGGUUCGUGGGAAGCAUCAUCCGAUUUAUGAUGGAGAUGUCAGAGGUACUCUUGCGGCGGGAGACGACCGAGAGAGCGACAGGGAUGAUGAGAGCACACGGCAGAUAAUCAGGGUCACAAAAGAAUUUGAGCAGAUAUCGGUGAUAGAAAAGCCUCCAUCUAGAUAUUAG